CUCACGGUUCCUGUUCCCCUUCCCCAGCCCCGCCAUGGCCGCCAGCGAGCCCGGGACGGCGCAGCCCAAGGCUGAGGAGGCGCAGAGCAUCGGGUCGCGGGUGGCCAGCCUGCCGCUGGUGAGCUCGGCCUAUGGGAUGGUGUCCACGGCGUACAGCUCCACCAAGGAGAGCCACCCCUACGUGCGCUCCGUCUGCGAUGCUGCCGAGAAGGGGGUGAAGACGCUGACGGCGGCGGCGGUCAGUGGGGCACAGCCCAUCCUCAGCAAGCUGGAGCCGCAGCUGUCCACCGCCAACGAGUACGCCUGCAAGGGGCUGGACAAGCUGGAGGAGAAGCUGCCCAUCCUGCAGCAGCCCCCGGAGAAGCUCAUCUCGGACACCAAGCAGCUGGUGACCUCCACGGUGACAGGGGCCAAGGAUGUGCUGAGCAGCACCAUGGCCGGGGCCAAGGACGCGGUGGCCAGCCGGGUGACGGGAGUGAUGGACAUGACCAAAGGGGCCGUGCAGGGCAGCGUGGAGCUCACCAAGUCCGCGGUGAGCAGCGGCGUCAGCACCGUCAUGGGCUCCACCGUGGGGCAGAUGGUGGUGAGCGGGGUGGGCUCCGUGCUGGAGAAGUCGGAGGAGCUGGUGGACCAUUACCUGCCCAUGACGGAUGAGGAGCUGGCCAAGCUGGCCACGGCCGUGGAGGGCUUCGAGCCAGAGCAGCAGAGGCAGCAGCAGAGCUACUUCGUGCGCUUGGGCUCGCUCUCGACCAAGCUGCGGCACCGGGCGCUGCAGCACUCCCUGGGCAAGCUGCAGAGCGCCCGCCGCAGCAGCCAGGAGGUGCUGGCCCAGCUCCAGGGCACCCUCGACCUGGUGGAGCACCUCAAGCAGGGCAUGGACCAGAAGCUGCAGGGGGGGCAGGAGAAGCUGCAGCAGCUGUGGCUGGAGUGGAGCAAGAAGCAGCCGGGCAGUGGCAAGGAGCUGGUGCCACCGGAGGCGGUGGAGUCGCGCGCGCUGGCCCUGCUGCAGGGCUUGACCCAGCAGCUGCAGAGCUCCUGCCAGCCCCUGCUCUCCAGCCUGCAGGGGCUCCCCGGCAGCCUGCAGGACACGGGGGCGCAGGUCCUGCACAGCGUGGAGGGGCUGCGGGCGGCGCUGGGCUCCGCGGCCUCCCUGCAGGAGGUGACGGGCACGGUGCUGGCCCAGGCUCGGGCCAACGCCAGCCGCGCGCGGCAGCUCAUGGACGAGCUGGUGGAGCACGUGGCCCGGAACCCCCCCUUGACGUGGCUGGUGGGACCCUUCGCCCCCUCGGCCCAGAACGUGCUGGAGCUGGAGGUGAAGUAGCGGCGCCUGCUGCACCCACCGGGGUGCUCGGUCCAGCCCUGCCCAGCCGCAGGAG